CUACGCCUGAGAUCUCUCACCCCCUUCAUCUCCAAGUUGCUAUCCACCAUAGCUAUUUAUUAGCUUCUCAUUGUCCGUACACUGCCAGAGCUACUCUUUCAUGCUGGAAAAACUAUUCAAAUUCCCGAUCAAAAAAUUUCCAAAACUGUCAACUCUCAGGAGCGCUAAUGCAUCUCAUCUGGUCUAAGUGUGCGUAAAAGAUAGGAACUUUGAGAUACUGUGAGGUUAGGGCUUUGCAACCUUUCAUGUUUUGGGCAGUCAACAUAAGAAACUAACCAGCGGGGUGGGCUUAUCAGGGUAGAGAGGAAUCAGAGCAUAGCUAGAUUUCUUCAGACGCUUGGAAUCAAUCUAAUUCAUGACCUAGCUGUGAGUGGUGAGCUGCAUUAGUAAUCCUGCAAUGGCUUAUAAUAAUACUAUUAAUUCUUCAAAAGUAGAGCCAAAACGUUCCCAUCAGUGGUUCAUGGAUGGUAUUCAGCCAGAGUUACAUCCCAACAAGAAACAAGAUGUUGAUACAACAAACAAUCAAUCAUUCACUGCACUUCUAAAUUCAAAUAUCUUACCCUGGAUGAAUGUUUCCCAUUUGCAAUCCCUACCACAGCAGUGCUCUGAGAGCCUUUUAGAUGGUGGUGUGAUCAGAGAAACCAUCAGCUAUGAUGACAAAAAUGUUAUGCCAAUUGGCUUUGGCACCAAGAGCAUGCCUACAAUGUCUAUGGAGGGUUCCUGUGGAUACGAUUCUUCAAUUGGUUUAUCGAUAGUGUCUGAGAGGAUGGAGCACCCUAGUUUGAGCAUAAACUAUAGAGGGAUUGGAAAAGCUAAAGAUAAACUCAUGCCUGUGACAAUGGGUGAUAACUUUGCCAUGGGAGUUGACAGCAUUGUGGCACCAGCUGGUGCCAUGGCAUCAUCCAUGGGACUCUCUUUCAAAAGAUCUUCUGCCAAUAUGAUGUCAUUUGGAGACACAUAUCAUAGAGAAGAUAGUAAUUUUCUAUCUGCGCGUCAGCAUCUUAUUGGCAAUAAUAAAAUAAACACUGGUGAAUUGAUAGGUAGCUCCAAGGAGAAGGAUUAUUAUAUGUCAAAUAAUCAAUCUUUUUUCAAUAAAGACAAAACCAGUAUUGCAGCGCUUGGUCAAACCUCCAACAGAGAAGAUAGUAACAUCACAUCAAUGAGUUUCAAUAAGACACCUAACUGCUUGACAACAACUGCGAAAGUUGAUAACAAUAAUAUUCUAAUGAGUCACUCUUUCCGCAGAGGGGAAGGCCACAAUAUCAUAUCAUUUGGUGGGUUUGACAAAUGUGAUGAUGAUGCUUUGGGGAAAAUAUCAGAAAACUCAAGUGAAAAGGGGUUGGGUCAAUCUAAUGUAGAUAUACUUGAAGACACUUCCCCAACUGCUGCUGUAAUAGGUGUGGCUGAUUCUAAAAAGGAUGAGCAAAAGGCAAAUAAAAAGUCUUCUCCAAAUAGUUUCCCUUCAAAUGUUAGGAGCUUACUGUUAACUGGUAUAUUUGAUGGAGUUCCGGUUAAGUACAUUGCAUGGUCACGGGAGGUAUAUUUGACUUUUCAUUAUUAUUUCCAAUUUAUAUAUCAUCAAUUGACAGUUUUUGCACUACAUGUUAGAAGGAGCUUCGUGGUGUUAUAAAGGACACUGGCUAUCUCUGUGGCUGUCAGUCAUGUAACUUCUCCAAGGUUGCUCAACUACCAAAUUUUUCAUAUCGGGAUUCUUAUGCGUGCUUUGAUUUUUUUUAUAUUCUCUAACUCUUCAUGAUGUAGACAAUUAAUGCAUAUGAGUUUGAGCGUCAUGCUGGCUGUAAAACAAAACACCCAAAUAAUCACAUUUACUUUGAGAAUGGGAAAACAGUUUAUGGGAUUGUACAAGAGCUCAGGAAUACACGGCAGGAUUUGCUGUUUGAGGUUAUUCAGACAAUCUCUGGUUCCCCUGUUAACCAAAAGUCUUUUCAUAUCUGGAAAGGUUCGUUAGUGACUUGUAUAUUUUGUUUUUAUUCUAAUUUGUUUUUGUGAUUUGUGUCAUUCUGUUAGGGGCCCGGCCCAAAUAGAGUAUAAUAAAAAUAAAGUCUAGUAUAAAUAGAAUGGGCUGGGGGGAAAGGGAGGUAGGCUGUUUUGUAGACUUUGACUUUGGGACUUUGGGAGAUCGAGAACUAUUCUCUUUCUUUGGGGGGCUUCGGCUCAUUGGGGGCUUCGGCCAUUCUUGUUACCGAUUCAUCGAUAAUAAAAUCUUCUUUGUUUUCUUGAUUCUGUUUUACCAUUUCUCUGUGGAUUGUUGUGAAUUUCUGGAGGAUCCUAUCAAUUGGUAUCAGAGCGUGUUCGAUCGCUGGAUGAGAUAUACGCGCGCCAAAAUGGAAGCCAGAAUGAAUGAGGUGGAGCGAAGCAUGGUGGAUAUUGGAAGAAAUCAAAGAGAACUGCAAGAGCAACUGGAUCGGAGGAUGCGUGAAUUGCAGAGUAACCUGGCGGACAACCUGGCCGAGAAAUUGGCCUCGAUUCAGACAUCGAUGCAAGCGACGAUGCAAGCGAACUUGGCGGAAUUUCAGAAGAACCUCGCUAGUCGAUCGCGAAGCCUCUCUCACCGAUCAUCUGCAUCGCAUCGAUCAUCUACCUCGCAUCGUACUUUGCAUCAUCACCAUUCGCCGCACCAUCACCCUUCGCAUUACCAUCACCAAUCGCGACAUUCAGCGAGUUCUGAGGAAUCAGAAAGGAAUGACAACUAUUCACCACCGCGUCGCCACCAUCCUCGUUCACUUCACCAUCAUCGUUCAACUCACCAUCAUCGUUCGCGGCAGUCAGCUAGUCCAGAGGGAUCGGAAAACAAUUCCGACUAUUCUCCUUCACGUCGACAUCAACACCGCGAUCACCACAGGUAUCAUCGAUAUCAUAAACCGAUAGGCAGAAAGAUUGAUUUACCUCUUUUCAAGGGGGAAGACGCCUUCGGUUGGCUGGUUAGAAUGAACCGAUACUUCCGCUUGAAUCAAACUGAAGAGGAACAGAAAAUUGAUGUUGCUGUAGUUGCUAUGGAGGACCAAGCUCUGAGCUGGUUCCAAUGGUGGGAAGGCCAAGCACGACACCAAACCUGGGAGCAGUUUACCAGAGAUUUAACUCAGCGAUUUCAGCCUGAAAUGGUGCAGAAUCCUCUGGGGCCGUUGUUUAGCUUGAAGCAGAAGGGAACCGUGGCAGAUUACAGAAAUAAGUUUGAAGUGGCCAUGGCAUCACAAAAGCAUCUAACUGAGGAAGUUUUGAGAGGAGCAUUUCUAAAUGGUUUGAAGCGUGAUGUUAGGGCUGAGCUGAAGCUGCAUUCUGCCAGAACAUUAGCAGCAGUCAUGAACACAGCAACAAGGAUUGAGGACAAGAAUUUUGAAACCUUAUAUGUCAAGAAUAAAGAGGAGGAAAGAAAGAAGGUGCAGAAUGGAAAUCAGAAAUGGGGAGAUGGUUGUAGAGGGAGUUCUAGCUACACAACCAAGAAUUCAUCUGGCAACUAUUCAUUUGAUGAUAUGAAGAAGCAGGAAUCUUCAAACUCAGUUCAGCAGAUUACAAACCCCCGAUUAUCACAAGAAGAACUGCUUGAAAGAAGUAAGAAAGGACUAUGUUUCAAAUGCGGAGAGAAUUGGGGAAGGGGACAUGUGUGCAAGAUGAAAAAUUAUAAGAUAACCUUAAUGGAGCAAUCGGAGGGUGAAGUUGAUUCUGAAUUUGAAUCACUGGAAACUGGCAGGGAUAAGAUCACACCUCUAGAAUUGAAGACCAUGCAGUUUUCUUUAAGUGAUGAGAAAGAGAUAACCCCUGUGAAAAUCUUUAAGGUGAGAGGUAAACUGAAAUGGCAUGAAGGUGAAAGCACAGUAAAUGUACUCAUUGAUGGAGGCGCUACACACAAUUUUAUGUCCUUAAACUUGGUGGAAAAGUGGAGGAUUCCUUAUACUCCUUUUCAAGGGAAUAGGGUGCAGUUAGGGAAUGGGGAAUGUAUUCAAAUUGGUGGCAGGUGUGCAGGUAUAGAUUUGAAUGUGCAAGGAAUUGGUAUUCAUCAAACUUAUUACUUAUUGGAGCUGGGGAGCACGGAUUUAGUCUUGGGAAUGGACUGGCUAACAAGUUUGGGAGACACGGAGAUUAACUUCCAAAGUCAGACCUUCAAAUGGGAAAUACAAGGGCAGAAGGUGAUUCUACAAGGAGAGGACUCAUCUAGUGAACAGAACGUUGAAGGAGGAAGUGUUCAAAGGCAUGAAGUAGCUGUCCCCGAUGUUACAGCAAGCUGCAAUUGGGUCUUCCAAAAACCUGCGGAAAUCCAAGUUUUGGAUCAAAUUUUCUGGCCUCUAUGGAACUAUGCUGUGAAAUACGUAGAGGGAAAGAUGGAAGUAGUGAAGCUAAAGGCCCAGCAGACAAAUCAGUAUUGGAGAGGAAGGGGUGCUAGGAUGAAAGAGAAGAUAAAGACUGUGGCUGUGUCCUAUCACCCACCUUGAGGGCAAGGUGGAUGUUUAGGGGGGGAGAAUUGUUAGGGGCCCGGCCCAAAUAGAGUAUAAUAAAAAUAAAGUCUAGUAUAAAUAGAAUGGGCUGGGGGGAAAGGGAGGUAGGCUGUUUUGUAGACUUUGACUUUGGGACUUUGGGAGAUCGAGAACUAUUCUCUUUCUUUGGGGGGCUUCGGCUCAUUGGGGGCUUCGGCCAUUCUUGUUACCGAUUCAUCGAUAAUAAAAUCUUCUUUGUUUUCUUGAUUCUGUUUUACCAUUUCUCUGUGGAUUGUUGUGAAUUUCUGGAGGAUCCUAUCACAUUCAAGAAGCUCAUUCUUUCCUUAGAAUCAUUCCUUGCUGCUACACAAAAACUUCAGAGGAUAUACGCAAAAGGUGAAUGACGAGAUAUCAUAUUGAAAUAGUAGCAAUCGAAAUGAAAAGGUAUGUUAAGCUACCAAAUCUUCCUUGAUUUCUGUAGCAAAUAAAGUGUGUAAUAAACAUUACAUAAUUUGAGGGAUGGAUAAUCCAGCCUUCCAGGUUGCUCCCUGCACAGUCGUAACCAAGGUUUUAAAUAGCGGUAGCGGUAUCGGUCAUAGUGGUAGCGGCUAAUGCAGCCUCUACGAUGCAUAUAACGGUCGCUGCGGCGUGAAAUAUUUUCAAGUUAGCAGAAGAUAGGAAUAUCAUGAUUUAUUGUAUUUUUUAACAGAUCUAUUUAACAAUGCUAGCAAGUUGAUUUAAAGCAAACCAAACAACAUUUACACAUCACCCACCCCAUAAUUGAGUAUAGUUGACUGCAUGCAUGCAUCAUUCACGCAUUUGGGACUGGAGUACACCGUUGGGGUCGUGAUUGGAAUUCACACCGCAACAGCGGCUUGUAGCGGUAGCGGAGCCUACCGCAACCGCUAUAUAGCAGCCGCAAUAGCUGUAGCGGACCGGUAUUUAAAUCCCUAGUCGUAACAAUUUAUGUUUCAUGUUUACAUACACUUGAUUGAUUGUACGUGAAAUCUACUCUAUACAAAUGUGUUUUCGAGGGAUUUUUUCAAUUUCUCUUCAUCCCCCCAGAAGUAGUAUGCCGCACAUUUGAUGAGAACUUAAUAAUUGUAAAUACAUAAAGUAAAUCUUACAGCCUGUCUGAUAUGGGUUAAUUUGGUUGAAAAGGAAGAAGUGGUUAAACUUGCUGAAACUGUGGCUAUAUCCUAUAUUGAUUUAGUUUACUUAAUUAUCCAGUAAUGUAAAGAGUUUAACUUAAAUAUAGUAAUGUAGUUAAAGAAUACAAUAUCAGUGCUGUUUUAGUGUUUUUAUUCAAAUCAGCGGCUUCUUAAAACAUGGAGUACGCUGUUUCAAUGUCUCUCAUAUCUGACUGAACUGCUGGUUUUCAUGCUCUUGCAGCGUGGAGAAAAGCAAUAAAUUUGACACGUUUAACAAGCCGUCAUUUGUCACUCCGCCAGGAGAAUUAUUGACUUUUUAUACCCGUAGUACCCCCCCCCCCCUUUGUUGUUGUUGACUUUAUAUCCCUUGGCUAUUUCCAUGAACUUUACAGGACAUUUUGCAAGUGAUAUUCUGGGGCAACAUGGUGCAGAAAUGAGGAUUUUCCAUGCAAUUUGUUGCUACUAAUGUAAAAAAAAAAAUCUUUUUUCAUUAUUUUAAUUAUUUUUUUACUAAACCAUGAAAAGCAUUUAUGCUUAUCCUUUUUUAAGCUAGUUAUUAUUUGAAUGUGUAAAUUUCGUCCUUGAUAACAAAUGGAUGUAAAUUUUGAGACUUGAGUUAUGAUUUUGUACAUAGCUUCAUUA